AUGGGUUCGAUCGUGAUAUCUAUUCCAGCAGAUGUUGAGCUUGCUCUUCCCAAAAAUAUUGGAGAGAAAGAGGAGCCCAAACCUUCUAUUUUUGCCACCAUUGUUUCCAAUCUUAGAAAACUUCAGAAAAGCCAGCAGGAUAUGAGAAAGCUGCUUCACAGCGUCAAGGUUGCAACUGCACUGGUUUUGGUCUCACUUCUCUAUCUUCUUGACCCUCUCUAUGAGCAAGUUGGAGAUAAUGCCAUGUGGGCUAUAAUGACGGUCGUCGUCAUCUUUGAGUUCUACGCAGGUGCUACACUUAGUAAGGGUUUAAAUCGUGGAUUGGGAACAAUAUUAGGAGGCGUUAUGGGGUUCUCAGCUGCAACUUUUGCUCAAGAAGUUGGUGGAAUGGGCAAGGGCAACGCCAUAAUUGUUGGUUUUUCUGUGUUUAUCUUCGGUGGAGCUGCAACAUAUUCUAGAUUGAUCCCAAGGAUUAAGAAAAGAUAUGACUAUGGAGCCAUGAUCUUCAUCCUCACCUUCAAUCUGGUGGUUGUGUCUGGUUUACGUGCCGAAAAUGUGUUGGAAUUAGCUCGCGAGCGGCUUUCAACCAUCGGCAUGGGAUUUGCCGUUUGCAUCUUCAUAAGCUUGCUGGUGUUCCCCACAUGGGCCAGUGAUGAGCUUCACCACUCUACAGCUCAUAAGUUCCAAGACCUUGCAGACUCAAUUGAAGGAUUCUUGGAGAGUUAUUUUAGAUUGGACACAGAAAAUUUGAAGGAUGACCAGCCUAGUGCCAUUUCCAGUAGUUGCAAAUCGGUGUUGCACUCAAAGUCAAAGGAUGAGUCUCUGGCAAAUUUUGCGAAAUGGGAACCAUGGCAUGGAAAAUUUGGUUUCUUCUACCCAUGGAAUAAGUACCUACAAGUUGGAGAGCUUCUUAGAGAGCUAGCUACCAUGGUUCUUUCCCUCAAAGGCUCUCUUCAAUCUCCUAGACAGCCCUCGUCGAGCCUGAGGCAGUCAGUGAAAGAGCCAAGUGAAGCUGUAGGGUUGUCACUUGCAUGGAGCCUGAGAGAGCUUGGAGAGAGCCUUAUGAAGAUGAGAAGGUGCCCUCAAGAGAAUGUGAUAUUGCCCAAGUUGAAGUCAAUGAGACUGGAGCUGAGCUCCAUGGUGUCUCAAGUUUCUAACUUUGGACCUCUAGAGAAUGUUGAAGGACUUGCAAUUGCAAGCUUUGUGUUCUUGUUGACAGAGAUGCUUGAGAAAGUGGAAGAAUUGGCAAAGGAGGUUGAAGAACUUGGAGAGCUUGCUGGCUUUCAUUCUAAAUAGCUAUAGCUAUAUAUAUAUGGACUUAAUUUUCUUAACUGUGGUAUUUGCCAAUUUUGGGCCUGGAAAAAUUCUACACCUGUGAUCUAAAAAUAUGGGAGACUUG